GCCGAAAUAAGGCCUCUGCAUCAGAGAUGACCAUGAUCAGAAGUUCUUGCGUUGCUCCUCGGCUUGAUGCUGUUCCCCAGUUUGACGCAUGAAUGCUGCUCUAUAAAUGCGACCGGUUGAGUUGACGUUGACGCUCCCGUUUUCUAGCACAACUACGUCCUCAUCCAAAACCCUAGCUCUAUCAGUGUCGCGCACAUCUUUUCUUUUUCAUUUCUCUUUUCUUUUCUUUUCUUUUUUUAAAAAGAAAAGAAGAGCAAACAUGGUUUCACUCACUGACGGGCAGAAGGCUACCCUCAGCCCUGAAGCCGUUGCCUAUCUCACAAACAUCCACCACAUACCGUUUGCUAGUUUCCUAUCGCCUCUCCUCACAUCCUCAUGUCGCGUUCCCGGGCUCCGCCAAGGCUACCAGGAGAAGAUGGGUCCUGCGGAGGCCGAGCUAAUGAAGAAGCACCGUCUCCAAACAACAGCAAUUGUCAUGGCCGGCGUCCCGGUGACAGUGAUUGAGCCGCAGUCCAUCAAGCCCGACAAGCAGCAAAAGGCUCUCUUCAACGUGUUUGGGGGCGCCUUCGUCAUGGGCAGCCCGAGGGACCGUGCGGCCCUCACCAUGGCCGCAGAGCUAGGGGUCCGUGUCUACUCGGUAGGGUACACCAAGGCCCCCGAGGCGAAGUACCCUGUCGCCCGCGACCAGUGCCUUGCCGUCUACCGCGAGCUCCUGCAUCGCGGUCCUCCUGGCCUUUCGCCUCUCGAUCCGGCCCAUCUCUACGCCAUGGGGUGCUCCUCGGGCGCCCAGAUACUCGUAUCCAUGCUGCUCGUCGCGCAGCGAGAUGGCCUCCCGAUGCCCGCGGCCGGCAUGUACCUAUGCGCGCCCGCCCUAGACCUCAGCGGCGCCGGCGACUCGAUGGUGUUCAACGACCACAACCGCGACCUGAUGCCCGUCAGCCUUCUCAUCGGCAUGGUGUCGCAAAACUAUGCCCCCGAUGGGGUGGAACCCAAGGACCCGCUCUACUCUCCCGUCUACGCCGACUACGGCCCGUCAUUCCCACCGACCAUCGUGACCGUCGGAACACGCGACUUUGCCCUCAGCCACGGGGUGCGCUUCUGCUGGAAGCUGAGACAGGCUGGCGCCAAGGUGGAGCUGCUGGUUUCUGAGGGCAUGUGGCACGGCUUCAGCUGGGAUCCAGUCAUCCCAGAAGCCUUGCAGGUCCGUGCCGCAGUCAUCAAGUUCUUGGAAGGCGAAAAGCUGUGACAAGAGUUUAUUGGGAUAGCCUUUGAUGCCACUGUACUUUAGACCAAUCAUAGUUGUCCAUUAUGAAUUAUGGAAAAUGGCGAC